CACUUCGUCUUUUUUACGACUGGGGUUGAGUGCUUGCUCUUUACUCUGCUUGCAUGAAAGUCCAUUGCGCGUUUCAGCCGUUUCAGUGGAUACCUAUAAAUAAACCUUUUUGCGGUAGGAUAUUCGUGUCUCCUGGCUUUGCAGUGCUGCAGAAUACUGUUUUUUUUUCUUUUGUUUCAUUAAAGGCACACUCCCCUCGGUAAAGUCAUGCCCCGCUGUCAUUGGUUGUGUGCGGCAUCGCGCACUCUUGAACGCUUUCAGAUAUUCGUGCCCACAGCUGCAGCGCCAACGGCACCUCUGCUAUUGUGCUCUACAAAUACCCUUCGUCACGGUUACCUCGCGUCAUUCUUUGUCGGUUUGUUGUAGAAGGAGCCGUAGCUCAGAGACUUUAUUUUCGUCAUGACUAUCACUUUGUACAAUUUAGACCGCAGCCCACCUUGCAUGUUUGUGCGGUCACUGGCCAAGCACAUAGGCGUAGCGCUGAAGCUCAAGGAUGUGGACUUCGACAAAAAGGAGCAUUUGACCGACGAAUAUUUCAAGAUUAAUCCAUUCCGCAAAGCUCCCGUGAUUGUCGAUGGAGGUUUUUCUAUCUACGAGAGUAAUGCGAUCGCCUACUACUUGCUUCGAAAGCACGCCCCUGAGUCGGAGCUCUACCCUGCCGGCCUGAAGAUUCGUACCCGUAUCGACCAAGUUCUCGCAGGCCUUUCCAAUAAGAUCGAUGGUCCUUUGGUGGUAUUCUUCUUUCAUCGAAUCGUGCGCAAGACCAAGCCGUCGACCGAGGAGUUGGAGGAAUUUGAGCAGAAGGUCAUCAAGGGAAUCGAAUACCUGGUCGGUGAUGACAAGUUCGCGGCCGGUGAUACGCUCACCCUAGCAGAUCUAGCUGUCAUUCCGUACCUUACAUUGGCUCUUGAGAAUGAUUCCGUUGACCAAGCAAAGUUUCCCAAGCUGGCCAGCUACUACAAACGAGUCAGGAACGAGCUACCGUACUACGAGGAAAUCUGCAGUGCGGGCAUAAAGUACUUCAACGAUUUGUGGGCAACCUUGAAAUAGAUUGGAGAAGCCUUCAUAAAGAAGUGCGGCUACCCGCUCGAAGAGUACUUUUGCUGUUUAAAAACACCAAUAUUUCAGAAAUAGAAUAGCAUAUAAUAAAUGAGUUAUGUACAAUCACGUA